AGAGCAGGCGUGGGAAAAUGCUCAGGGCUUCCCGUGCUCGGGACGAGACAUCGCUUGUCGAGGCCCGGGUGGUUUCUCCUUAUCCGCCGAGAGACCCGAGAGACCCGCGGUGGUCAGUUAACAACUUCAACAAAGAGACCCUUCUGUGUGCCAGACACUGCGGGGAGCUGCUAGCCCAGUGGGGAAGGGGAAGGUCUCUGAGCAGCUUGGAGACACUGACCUCUGUGACCAUGAGACCCCAGGUGUCCGUGCUGCUGCUGAUCUGGCUUGGUGUCCUGGGCUGUGUGGGGGCCGAGUUCUUCACGUCCAUUGGGCACAUGACGGACCUGAUCUAUGCAGAGAAGGAUCUGGUGAAGUCCCUGAAGGAGUACAUCCUAGCAGAGGAGGCCAAGCUCGCCCAGAUUAAGAGUUGGGCCACCAAAAUGGAAGCGCUGACCAGCAAGUCGACGGCUGACCCUGAGGGCUACCUGGCACACCCGGUGAACGCCUACAAACUGGUGAAGCGGCUGAACACAGACUGGCCUGCCCUGGAGGACCUUGUCUUGCAAGACUCGGCAGCAGGCUUUAUUGGCAACCUCUCCGUGCAGCGGCAGUUCUUCCCCACAGACGAGGAUGAAACGGGAGCUGCCAAGGCUCUCAUGAGGCUUCAGGACACGUACAAACUGGAUCCGGACACCAUUUCCAAAGGGGCACUUCCUGGAACCAAGUACCAGGCCACCCUGAGUGUGGACGACUGCUUUGGGAUGGGCCGCUUGGCCUACAAUGAGGGGGACUACUACCACACUGUGCUGUGGAUGGAGCAGGUGCUGAAGCAGCUCGACGCGGGGGAGGAGGCCACCGUGGCCAAGGCCCAGGUGCUGGACUACCUCAGCUACGCCGUCUUCCAGCUGGGCGACCUGCCCCGGGCCCUGGAGCUCACACGCCGUCUGCUCUCCCUUGACCCGAGCCACGAACGGGCUGGAGGGAACCUGCGGUACUUUGAACACUUGUUGGAAGAAGAAAGGCAGCAAACGUUACCGAACCAGACCACGGAAGCCGAGCCAGCUGCCCAGGAUGGCAUUUACGAGAGGCCCGCGGACUACCUGCCCGAGAGGGACAUCUACGAGGGCCUCUGUCGUGGGGAGGGCGUCAAACUGACGCCCCGGAGGCAGAAGAGGCUUUUCUGUAGAUACCAUCAUGGCCACGGGACCCCACAGCUGCUCAUCGCCCCUUUCAAAGAGGAGGACGAGUGGGACAGCCCACACAUCGUCAGGUACUACGAUGUCAUGUCUGAUGAGGAAAUCGAGAGGAUCAAGGAGCUUGCGAAGCCCAAACUCGCACGAGCCACUGUUCGCGAUCCCAAGACCGGCAUCCUCACUGUCGCCAGCUACAGGGUCUCCAAGAGCUCCUGGCUGGAGGAGGAUGACGACCCUGUCGUGGCUCAAGUGAAUCGUCGCAUGCAGCACAUCACAGGGCUCACGGUGCAGACUGCAGAACUGUUGCAGGUUGCUAAUUAUGGAAUGGGAGGACAGUAUGAGCCACACUUUGACUUCUCCAGGCGACCUUUUGACAGCGGCCUCAAAACGGAGGGGAAUAGGUUAGCGACGUUUCUUAACUAUAGCCAUGAGCAAGAUGCUUUCAAGCGUUUAGGGACGGGGAAUCGUGUGGCCACAUUCUUAAACUACAUGAGCGAUGUGGAAGCUGGUGGUGCCACCGUCUUCCCUGACCUGGGUGCUGCCAUUUGGCCUAAAAAGGGCACAGCUGUGUUCUGGUACAAUCUCCUGCGGAGUGGCGAAGGCGACUACCGGACGAGACACGCUGCCUGCCCCGUGCUCGUGGGCUGCAAGUGGGUUUCCAAUAAGUGGUUCCACGAGCGAGGACAGGAGUUCUUGAGGCCGUGUGGAUCAACAGAGGUCGACUGACAAGUCCAUUUGGCCCUUCUCCUCCUGGCCCCACAUCCCAUGUUGUUUUCCUGUGCAGUGUGACCGAUACCUUUAUGUGCUCCAGCCCUAGACAGGCAGGCCUUUGGGAGAGUGAAUGCUUGUCUGGAACAGAGAGAGAGGGGAUGGGGAGGACCCUGGGUGUCCUGGGUCUGUGCUGACCCAGCCAGCAGGGUAAACCAGCCUGCCCCUCAGGUCCCCCAAAGCAGAGACGGAAUAGCUGCAGCAGAGCCAGGCUGUCUAGCACCUUGUAAGGUGCCUUUGUACCUCAGAUGUUUUAGGUGUGAGAUAUUUCAGUGAACCAAAGUGCUGGUAUCUUGUUUACAUGUUUGUUUUUAUGACAUUUUCAUCAGUUAUGGCUUUAACCAAAAAAUAAAAUGUCCCCGCUAAAAGCCUUUAAAGAACCUUGA